CGCCGGCCCCAUGGACAGGAACUACCCCAGCGCCGGCUUCGGGGACCCGCUGGGCGCCGGCCCGGGAUGGAGCUACGAGCGAUCGGCCAAGGCCAGCCUGGUGUACGGCGGGUCCCGGACGUCCCAUCCCGACACGGACAUUCUGCACCGCCAGGCCUACGCCGCCCCCCACCCCCUGCAGGGCUACGCCACGAACCACCACCCCGCAGGUCUCUCCGGGCUCUUCGAGACGGGACUCCAUCAUGCCAGCAGCGCCACCCCCGAUGCCUCCGUCAUGAACCUCAUCUCGGCGCUGGAGUCGCGGGCCCCUCAGCCCGGCCCCUCGGCCUCCUCGCUGCUCUCCCAGUUCCGCACCCCCUCCUGGCAGACAGCCAUGCACACUCCGGCCCCGGCUGAGCUCUUCAUCUCGGGCGCCAUCCCCGGCUCGGGCACCUUCCCGUCGUCCUCGGCGCUGUCGGCCUACCAGCACCCGGCCUCCUUCAGCGGGCGCAGCUUCCCGGUCAGCUCCUCGCUCAGCCUGCAGGAUGCGGCCUUCAGCCCCAGCUCCAACGGGCUCCUGUCCCCGCACGACCCGCUGCUGCACAUCAAAUCCUCCCAGGCCAGCGUCCCCUCCUCCCUCAGCUUCGACCGGCUGGGCAGCGCCGUGCUGGGCACCGGCCUGCCCUCCCAGAGCUCGGCCUACCGCAGUGCCCAGGAGUCGGCCUCCCGCCACCUGCCCUCCCAGUUCAACCUGCUCUCGUCCUCCCUGGGGCCCUCGGAUCAGUCCUCGCAGCUGUACAACACCUCCGUCUUCUCCAGCUCGCCCGCCGCCUCCAUGGAGCGGGCCAUCCCCCGGCAGGACAGCGUCAUCAAGCACUACCAGCGCCCCUCCAGCGCCCAACCGCAGCUGCCCGCCGCCCACUCCCUCCAGCACUACCUGAGCUGUGGGGGCAGCUACCAGCAGAUGUCCCACCGCGCCGGCCUCUCCUGCAGCCCCCUGGGCGAGCCCUCGCCCGCCGGCUCCGAGGGCUCCCAGAAGCCGUCGCAGGCCCCCCGCCAGGAACCCGGGCAGAGCUACCGGCCCAUCAUCCAGUCGCCCGGCUACUCGGGCGCGGCGGCCGGCUCCUCCUCCAAAUCCAAGAGCUACUCGGCCUCCCGCCAGACCCCCCGCUCCACCGCCACCCCCAAGUGCCAAAGCAGCUUCUCCGUCUCCGUCGCCAAGCCCAGCUCGGUCAUCGCCAGCCAGUCCCAGGCCUACUCGCCCGGCCAGCCCCAGAGCCUACUGUCCAUGAACCAGCCCCAGAGCUACGCCGUCAGCCAGUCCCAGAGCCUCUCCUCCGUCAGCCAGGCCUCCCAGUUCAGCGGCAGCCAGGCGCAGGACCUGACCAGCGUCAGCAAGGCCCAGAGCUACGGCCCGGGGCAGGCCCAGCCGGGCGGGCAGGGCGGGCAGGCCGGGCAGGGGCUGCAGCCCUGCGUGAGUCAGAGCCAGGCCUACUCUCCGGAGCAGCUGCAGGGGCUGUCGACGGUGGGUUACAGCGUCCAGGCCGAGCCCCACGUCUCGGUGAGCCAGACGCCCAGCUACGGGCCGGCCCACUCCCAGGGCAUGCCCACCGCCAGCCCCUCGCUGAGCUACAGCACCGGGCACUCACCCGCCAUGCCCAGCCACCCGCAGCCCAUCGGCUACGCCCACGGGCAGAGCCUCCCCGACUCCAGCCCCUCGCAGAUCGGCCGGCCCCUGCAGUCGCCCACGGCCGCCCGGCCCCAGAGCGUGAACUCGCCCGGCCAGUCCCAGAAGUACCUGACGUCGGUGCUGUCGCCUUCCUUCAUGCAGCCGGCGCACGGGCAGAGCUACCCGGGCGUGGAGCGGGCGGCCUCCUAUGGCAAGGCCAAGGCCGAGUCGGACCUGCUGGCGGCCGAGCGGGCGGAGGACGAGGAUUUCCUCAUUCAGCACCUACUGCAGUCCCAGACGCCACCCCCACGGGGGCCGGCCGAGGGGCUGGUGCAGUGCGAGGAGCGGGGGGCCAAGGGGCUGGCCUACGGGGGGCUCAGCAAGUCCGAGGAGCGCUACCACCUGCAGAGUGUCAUCCGCACCAACUCCAACCUGGACAGCCAGGGCCUGGAGCUGUCUCUGCAGGGCCUGAAGGAGAAGAAGAAAGGGGAGCGGCCCCACGCCCGCUCCACCCCAGAAGCGCUCGCCACCUCCGUGGUGCAUUACAGCCACCAGGCCGGCUCCAUGGAGAGCUACGCCCAGGACAUGAAGAAGUCAGUGGAGCACCUGCAAGCCGGGGCCAAGGACCUGGGCCAGGCCCACUCCUACCUGCAGAAGACCCCCGAGCACGGCCCCCAGCCCCACCGCAUGGUGGGCGAGCCCCCGCCCAUGGAGCUGCUGCCCGGCCAGCAGGGGGCGCCGCUGCUGCUGGACUCGUCCCCCGACCUGCCCCAGCUCUCCCUGCCCCCCCAGCAGCAGCAGCAACAAUCCCAGCUGCUGCAGUCGGUGCUGACGCACACCCAGAGCCAGCUGCAUCCCCGGGCCAAGGUGCACCUGCUGGAGCCGCAGCGCCUGCACCCGCCCGAGCCCCCCUCGCCCCAGCUCCAGCUGCAGGCCCUGGAAGCUCACCUGCACCAAGCCCACGUCCGCUCGCAGGGUCUGGACCCCCAGCAGUCACCCCAGCUCCAGGGCCAGCUGCAGGCCGAGAACAUGGAGGUGCUGGGCCAGUCCCAGGAGAUCCAGGACUUCCUGGAGCCCGACCUGAGCCUGGAGUCCCACCUGGGCCAGGGCGGGGCCGGCCUGGAGCCCGACUCCUCCCAGCAGGUGCCCCAGGCCCGGCUGGAGGCCAAGGACCAGUUUGAGAGCCCCAGCCCACAGGGCUCCAAGCAGCGCUUCGUGCCCCUCACCUCCAUCUGCUUCCCCGACUCGCUGCUGCAGGACGAGGACCGCAGCUUCUUCCCCGGCAUGGAGGACAUGUUCGGGCCGGGGGCCUGCGGCCCCGACGACUUCCCCAAGCCGGGCUGCGGGGAGGACGAGCCCCCCAGCCUGGAGCGGGCCGAGGGCCUGAAGGGGGGGGCCGGCGGCUACGACAUGCUGCCGGCCGGCCAGGGGUACCAGGGCUACUGCCCCGGCGAGGGCGGGGACGGCUCCCACCUGGCCAUGGAGCCGGUCAAGCACGAGCUGCCCUCCACCGUCAACGCCGAGCCGCUGGGGCUGAUCCAGGCGGGCCACGGCGGGCCGGAGGGGGCGGCCAAGCCGGGCCUCACCUCGCCCAUCUUCUGCUCCUCCAAGCCCAAGAAGCUGCUGAAGACCACCUCCUUCCACCUGCUCAAGAAGCGGGACCCCCCGUUCCAGCCCCCCAAGAAGGCCUACGCCCAGGAAUACGAGUUCCAGGACGACGAGGACAAGGCCGACGUGCCGGCCGACAUCCGCCUGAACAGCCGGCGCCUGCCCGACCUGCUGCCUGACCUCAUCUCCAGCUGCCGGGCCCGGCCAAGCCUCAGCCCCAUGGGCGACAUCGACUUCUGCCCCCACCACAGCGCCACCGACGGCCCCAAGAAGCGGGGACGCAAGCCCACCAAGCCCAAGCGGGACGGGCCCCCCCGGCCCCGCGGCCGGCCCCGCAUCCGGCCCCUGGCCGAGCCCCACGGCGUCCUGCCCCCCGACGGCGCCAAGAAGCCCCGGGGUAGGGGGCGGGGGCGGGGCAAGAAGGGGGGUGAGGAGGGGGGCGAAGGAGGGGCCGGCGCCGAGCCCCUCAAGCCGCUCAAGAUCAAGCUGGCGGUGCCCAAGGGCGGCGAGGGGGCCCCGGCAGAGCCGGCCCCCCCUGGGCCGGUGCCCCCCGAGGCCGGGCUGGAUAGCAGCCAGACGCGGGAGAAGAUCAAGGCGAAGAUCCGGGAGGUGGAGGAGAAGCAGCCGGAGAUGAAGUCGGGCUUCAUGGCCUCCUUCCUGGACUUCCUCAAGUCGGGCAAGCGGCAGCAGCUGCCCACGGCCGCCGCCAGCCCCCCCAAGACCCCACGGCCCCCCGCGGCCCAGCCCCCCUUCGGCCUGGCGCCCCCCCUGCUGCCGGGGGCGCUGGACGGGGCCGAGGGCGAGGGGCUGGUCAUGAGCUGCACCAGUCCCUGCAAGCGGCUGGACGAGGAGCUGAAACGCAACCUGGAGACGCUGCCCUCGUUUUCCUCCGACGAGGAGGACUCGGUGGGCAAGAACCAGGACCUGCAGAAGAGCAUCUCGUCCGCCAUCUCCGCCCUGGACGACCCGGCCGAGCGCAAGGAGGGCGACGGGGCCGACGCCCCCGCGGUGGAGGAGAAGCUGCCCAGCCCGGCCCCCUCUGAGGCCUCCCAGCAGGAGCCCCCCCCAGCCGCCUCCCCGGCCUCGCCCCCCGAGCCCCCCCCGCCGCCCCCCGAGGGGCCCCCGGCCCAGGCCUCCCCCGAGCUGGAGGAGCCGGAGGACGCGCGGCCCCUGCACCUGGCCAAGAAGCAGGAGACGGCAGCCGUGUGCGGCGAGACGGACGAGGAGGAGGCCGAGAGUGGGGGAGAGGGGAUCUUCCGGGAACGCGACGAAUUCGUCAUCCGCGUGGAGGACAUCCAGGCCCUCAAGCUGGCGUUGCAGACGGGCCGGGAGCCGCCCCCCAUCUGGCGGGUGCAGAAAGCCCUGCUGCAGAAAUUCACCCCCGAGAUCAAGGACGGGCAGCGGCAAUUCUGUGCCACCAGCAACUACCUGGGCUAUUUCGGGGAUGCCAAGAACCGCUACCAGCGUCUCUACGUGAAGUUCCUGGAGAACAUCAACAAGAAGGAUUACGUACGCGUCUGCUCCAAGAAGCCCUGGCACCGGCCGCUGCAGGCCGUGAGGAGGCAAAACCAGGCCAAGACUUCAGGCCCUAAGGUCCCGGCCCCGCCCAAGGCCGAGAAGCAACCGGAGGCGUCGGAGCGGGCAGAGAUGCCGGAGAAGGGCCCCAAGCCGGAGAAGGGCCCCAAGCCGGAGAAGCCGGAGAAGGGCCCCAAGCCGGAGAAGGGCCCCAAGCCGGAGAAGGUGGAGCGGGCCCCCAAGUCGGACAAGCCCCCCAAGGCGGAGCGGGCCGAGAAGCCGCCCCGGGCGGACAAGCCGGCCAAGGCUGACAAGGCCCCCAAAGCGGAGAAGACGGAGCCCACGGCACCCGCCCCCCCUAAGGCCGCUCCGGCCGGCGCCCCGAAGCCCAAACCCAAACCCGCCAAGGUGAAGGCGGAGCCUCCCCCGAAGAAGAGGAAAAAAUGGCUGAAGGAGGCUGCGUCCUCCUCGGACUCGGAGUCCAGCCCGGACCAGCAGAGCGAGGAGGAUCUGAGGAACUGCCCCAGAUUGAGACGUCGGUAG